UGCAUUUCACCCUGGGUAACAAGAGUGAAACUCCAUCUCAAAAAAAAAACCAAAAAAAGUAAAAUUGUCAAUGAUUAUAGGCAAUAUAGUUGUAUACCAAGAAAUUCCGAGAGAAAUCACCAAAAAACUUAUUAGAAGUUUAGAGAUUUACUACAAAAAAAGUGAGCUGGGCGUGGUGGCGGGUGCCUGUAGUCCCAGCUACUCAGGAGGCUGAGGCAGGAGAAUGGCGUGAACCCGGGAGGCGGACCUGCAGUGAGCCUAGAUCGUGCCACUGCACUCCAGCCUAGGUGAUAGAGCAAGACUCCGUCUCCAACAACAAAAAAAAGAAGUUUAGAGAUUUACGUCUUCUAGCAGCAUUCAGUAGCCCCCUGGUCCUCCUAUUUCCUAAAAUUUCUAAGGCCUUCUGCUCUGGGCUAUAAAUGAAUCCAUACUCCAACUCUCACCUUUAUACCAAGACAUUCCUAUAUUACUCUCAAGCCACAAAUGCCUUGACCCAAGGGUUAGCCAGGACAUUUCAGUUUUUUGUUGUUCCCUCUGUAGCUUCCAGUGGUGUCCGUAGUGAGAGAAACAGAGUCCCAGUUACUGCCAGAUGUGGGAGCUAUUGUAACCUGUAAGGUCUCUAGCAUCAAUUCACGCUUUGCCAAAGUACACAUCCUGUAUGUGGGGUCCAUGCCACUUAAGAACUCUUUUCGAGGAACUAUCCGCAAGGAAGAUGUCCGAGCAACUGAAAAAGACAAGGUUGUUGGUUGAAAUUUAUAAGAGUUUCCGCCCAGGUGACAUUGUCUUGGCCAAAGUGAUCUCCUUAGGUGACGCACAGUCCAACUACCUGCUAACCACCGCCGAGAACGAGCUGGGAGUGGUGGUAGCCCACAGUGAGUCAGGUAUCCAGAUGGUUCCCAUCAGCUGGUGUGAGAUGCAGUGCCCUAAGACCCACACUAAAGAAUUCCGGAAAGUAGCCCGAGUACAACCCGAAUUCUUGCAGACCUAAGAAGCCACUUUUUACCCCAUGGAAGGGGGUAAGCUGUUCCUGAGUAUAACACCAAGAUGCCGCUGUCUUUAUUCAAACACCUGGGGUCGACCAACGGCCACUUCCAGAAAAAUCUGCCAGUUUACACUGUAGAUGGAACAUGUUUCUGUGAACCUAUCAGUGGAUUUCAUUCUCUUGAGUAAUAAAUCUUAUCUUUUCAAGGCACCAACAAACAAAACUGUGAUAUUGGAAAUAGCCUAUCCCUCCUGACAGUCCUUAUAAAUACAUAUUUUUUGCUAUGAUAAAACUUUUUUACUAAAAGGA